UAACCUACAUACAUAACAGUGUCAUUAUCACAGCCUGAUCCAGCGGAAAGACGACGCAAAUGGGCUCUCUUCUCUAUUUCAUCCAUCCUUGAACCAAGACCCCCUCCUCUCUAAAAAAUUAAGAGACUUUUCCCCAGUAUAGGUAUUGUUAUGAAGGUUUCUGCGGCAAAAGAUACUCACCUCUAGCAGACAUGCCCGGGUCAUUGUAUGAAACCUCCAAUCUGGAUCGAGGCGGUAACAACAGGAAGAAGAAAAUAGAGGAAUUCUCUAGGUCUUCUCGGGAGAAACUUGUCCAGUCGAAGAACAAAAUGUUCUCCAAAUUUACGUCAAUUCUUCAGCACGCUGUGGAAGCGCUUGCCCCAUCGUUGCCCUUGCAGGAGGACUUUGUCUAUCACUGGAAGGCCAUUACACAUUAUUACAUCGAGACUUCUGAUGACAAAGCUCCAGUCACGGACACCAAUAUCCCAUCCCACCUGGAACAGAUGCUGGACAUCCUGACCCAGGAGGAAGAGGAAAGAGAGUCUGGAGAGACAGGACCCUGCAUGGAGUAUCUCCUACAUCAUAAGAUCCUGGAGACUCUCUACACCUUGGGCAAGGCAGAUUGUCCUCCAGGGAUGAAGCAGCAGGUGCUUACCUUCUACACAAAGCUGCUAGCACACAUUCGUCAACCUCUCCUGCCACACAUCAAUGUCCACAGACCUGUACAGAAACUGAUCCGUCUGUGUGGUGAAGUGCUGGCUGCUCCCACAGAAAAUGAAGAGAUUCAGUUUCUUUGUAUAGUCUGUUCCAAACUGAAGCAAGACCCAUACCUUGUUGACUUCUUCCUUGAGAACAAGUCAAAGAGACCUGAUACAAAGACUCCUGGAGGGACGGAGCUGGUGAAGGACAAUGUGUUGGCUCCAGACACUGGUCAAUCUUGGACAGAGGAACAGGCUGAGCGCCCAGAGCAGCCUCAGGCUGCAGCUGCUGCCUCUACCUCUACUCCAAGCAGUAACCAUAAUAACGGCAACAAUUACAAUCUUGUCACAUCACUGCUUAACCUCACAAAGAGCCCUGAUGGCAGGAUAGUGGUGAAGGCCUGUGAGGGCCUGAUGCUGCUGGUCAGUUUACCAGAGCCUGCAGCUGCUAAGUGUUUAACUGAAAACACUGAGCUCUGUGAGCUCCUGACUGACAGGCUGGUCUCCUUCUAUAAAGCCCUGCCACAGUCCAUGGACCCCUUGGACAUCGAGACAGUGGAGUCGGUCAACUGGGGUCUGGAUGUGUAUAACCUGAAGGAGGAUGCUGCUGUCUUCACAGGGAAGAGGGCUCUCAUCUCCUUCCUGUCCUGGCUAGAUUACUGUGACCAACUCAUCAAGGAGGCUCAGAAGUCAGCAGCUGCAGUUAUGGCAAAAGCUGUGAGAGAAAAAUUCUUUGUGUCUGUUAUGGAACCACAGCUCAUGCAGACGUCCGAGGUGGGCAUCCUGACCUCCACUGCCCUGCUGAACAGGAUCAUCAGGCAGGUGACGUCGGAGGCUUUAAUGCAGGAGAUGAUUUACUUCUUGCUGGGAGAGGAGAGGGAGCCAGAGACUCAAGCCACUAUGGCUCAGAAUCCACUCAGACACAGACUCAUUGAGCACUGCGACCACCUGUCAGAUGAGAUCAGCAUCAUGACGCUGAGGCUGUUUGAGCAGCUGAUCCAGAAGCCCAACCAGCACAUCCUCCACAGCUUGUUGCUGCGUAGCCUGGAAGAGAGGAACUACCUGGAGAACAAACCACAGGAGGAGCGGGAGCCCUUGGAGAACGGGCAGCCCCAUGAUGCUGUAGACCUUGAGGAGGAUCCACUGUUCGGGGAUGACCUCUCUCCAGACAGCCGGCUGUCUGGUUCAGAUUGGCUCAGCUCCUCUCCCCCACAGAGUCCUGACCACUCGAAGUGUGACGGGAAGACAGAGGUCCACAAAAUUGUCAACAGUUUCCUGUGUUUGGUGCCGGAUGAGGCGAAGUCAUCUUAUCAUGUUGAAGGCACAGGCUAUGACACCUACCUCAGAGAUGCACACAGACAGUUCAGGGACUAUUGUGGGGUCUGCCAGCGGUGGGACUGGAGGGGAAAUCCAAAGCCGCUGGAAAAGUGUAACUUGGACAGCCCGUUCUUCGAGGGCCACUUCCUCAAGGUCCUCUUCGACAGGAUGGGUCGCAUCCUAGAUCAGCCGUACGAUGUCAACCUGCAGGUGACCGCUGUGCUGUCCAAGCUGUCUAUGUUUCCACACCCCCACUUGCACGAGUACCUGCUGGACCCUUACAUCAACCUGGCCCCUGGCUGCAGGUCUCUGUUCUCCGUCAUCGUCCGGGUGGUGGGAGAUCUCAUGCUGAGGAUUCAGCGCAUUCCAGACUUCACACCCAAACUGCUGCUGGUGAGGAAGAGACUAUUAGGUCUGGAGCCUGAGGGCAUCAACAUCGACCACAUGACUCUGCUGGAGGGAGUGAUCGUACUGGAGGAGUUCUGCAAAGAGCUGGCAGCCAUCGCCUUCGUCAAAUACCACGCGGCUGCCGCCUCCUCACCGUAAUCGUCCUGCUGUUCAUCCAUCUGCCUCAGCCAGGCAGACGUGUUGGGAAUAAACUGGGCCUCUGGGGUGUGGUGGUACUGGUGUCACAGGAUUGGCAAUACAGCACCGCUAACAGCCCAUCCCUGCAAGACUGUUAAAGCCCACUCGGACGGGUUCAUGGCUCCCCCUCUUCUGGCCUCUCGGGCUCCACUAUAAAAAAAAAGAAGUCUUUGGUCUUGGUUUUGAGAAGGUCAGAGCAGCAACACUGCCCAGCCAGCAGAGGAACAAGAGGAGGAGGAUCGAGGUGGAGGAGCAGAGAGAUGGGCACCGGACUAUUUGUCAGCCUCUGCCUUUACUCUCACUCCUUCCCCCUUUCUUUCUCACCAGCCAAAAGAUAACCCUGUAAUUAUUAUAUCAAGGAAAAAAGACGUUUGUGUAUUUAUUUCCUGUCCUUUUAUCACCCAUUUGUAAACGUCAUUUGCCUUAGUGUGAAAUCGCACCUUUCAGUUACAGAAGAUUGUUUCCUAAUGAAACAUUUUAAUCUUAACUCCUCACAUGUUGUCUGUUUGAAGACAAGGCCCCCCCCCCCCCCCCCCACCUUCAACCCCUAUACGUUCCUGUAGUUACACACACAUUGAACUGUAGUAUUUACGAUACUGCACAACAUAUAUUUUAAAGUCCUCUUAUUUAUUUGUUUGCUUUCAGGUGGCCUUUUUAACUAAUGUCAUAAUAAGAUCAAAUUAAUUAAACCAGUCACAGUAGGGACUGACUUAGCAGAUGUUAUUUACUUUAUUUUUUUUCCAGUCUUUCCUAAGUUUGUCUUGAAAUGUUUGUGCUCCUCAAAGCUCACCUAUCAAUCACCGUCACCCACAGACCUCACCAUACAUCACAUUUUCUCAAUGAAAUGGUGAAUUUUGCAAAUGAUGUGAAUUUGCACACAGACCUCAUUGCAUUGCACUUGUUACAUUAUUCAAGUUUACGCGUUCUGUUUUCAUUGGUUGGCUUUUUGGCAAUGUCAAGUUGGCUUUUGUGGGACGAGGCGUGUUUUUGAUUCCACAUUAGUUGUGUUCCCUGCGACUCAGUGUUGCAUUUCUCACACACACCCACCAGUGUUCAUUUUGUCCAAGGCGAUACUGUGUUGUCAUUUUUUUUUUAUAACAAUUAGGAUUUUCAAUAUUUAGUGUAUUAUAUUAAUGAGAUGCAGAUGAUCAGGCCUCUUGAUUUUAUUGAACAGGGUCUUAAAGGCAUCAUUAACGUAGCUUACAGCAGUGGUUCCCAAUCUGUAUUAGCUUGUGAUCCCUAAAGCCAAGCCAUGUCUAAUCGGUAGUGUACAGUAUGGAUGCAAGUCAUGGACACUUCAACCAAGUUGGGAUUUGAACUUCUGAGAUUGUUUUUUGUUGUUGUUGAAAUUAUCCAGAAAUUCAAUACGAAAGCAAGCCAAGUAAAAAAGAAAAAAAUAACUUUUGUAACAAAAAUGAAUGAUCUGAAUUUUGAUAUCAUCUCAUUAAAUUUAUCUCGAGGCCCUUUGCAAGAGUCCAGACCUCGUAUUUGGAAAGCUUUGCCUAACAAUAUCCAAGCUCUAAUGGUUUUUCAUGAGGUGUUGUGUUGCGUUUACUAGCAGUAUUACCUUUUCAUCCUUAUCUUGAAUGGCGAGGGCCCGUGUAUUGUUGGAACGGGUCGUUGAGUUGGAUUUUGCUUGGUUGCUAACUUGGAAAUCACCUCACAGAUCAGUGAUUGAUUACGUAAGACUCUGACCUGGUCGAAAUCAAGAUGCUACUUAAUGCAACUUUGGUUGUUGUGUAAUUUUUCCAGGGUGCAUGUUUCUGUGAUAGGUGCGCGUGAUUUACGAUGAGUUGACGUGUGAGUGUUGUGAUUUAGUGCAGAGUCAUUCAUUGAAGCCAUGAGUCGCUGGUCUUUUUGUUCUCUUUAUUCUGGUCCCACCUUUAUCCCAUCACUAAGUCACCUAAGCUACAUUAUGCAACUGCUUGCAUGGAACCAGAUUUGCACAUCGCCUUUCCUCAUCCUUGUUCGUAAUGUAAAUAUACACAACAAAAAGCUUUUUGUGUUUUUUCUCCAAAUGUUUUCAUAAACCAAAAAAAAAAAAAUCUAAGAUGUAUCAGGAGCAACAUUUCUAUUUUAAUGGUAAACUUUUUAAAUUCAUGCACAUUUCUUAAUCAACUAUCUUUCCAACUUGUUCUGUAUAUUUGUAUAUUGUAUGUGUACAAUAGCAAUAGACAUAUACUACCUGGUGUAAGUGCAUGCUUAUACAUUAUUUUUCAUUGUUGAAAGAGGCUUUCUGGCCAUCCCGAUGCUUUUAGCUGUCAGCACUUUGUUUGAAGACACUGACGGGGAGAUACGAUGCCUUACUUCACUGUGGAUGUGUGAGGGGUUUCUCCUUAACUACCGUUUGUUGUGAUAUAAUUAUGCUUAUACUUGUUGCAUCGCCUUUGUUUGGUUUGUAAAUGAUGUAAAGGACUCAGUAUAGUCAUAAUCUGAUGCCAAGUGAUUGAUUUCAUUGUCAGCUGAGACCGAUCACUGUAUCAUGUUGCAUUUCCUUGUUAAUCGCUGCUUUCGUCUCUUGUGAAUUGGGACAAGUCUCCUUCUUUUCUCUUAGUUAGGCCAGUCUGAGUUCUGUGAUUGUGCAGUGCAUCAUUGAAACAUUAAGGCAAGGUGCAUGCUCACUCUUCCUGCCGCCUCCCAAUGCCUCGCUGAGUUAUUUUUUCUAAGUGAUGCAGUCUCUGAGGCAUUGGCUCAUUUAUUCCUAUUCAGCGGUCUUCAUUUCAACAAUGCAGUUAUAUAAUAGGUUUCAUUCAGGGCAAUAUGGUUUAACAUGCUCCGUCCCAAU